CAUCUCUACUCCUCCAUCUUAUUCACAAUGUCGAAAAAAGGAGGAGUGGCAUUGGCUGCACAAAUGGUCAAGCUGAUCGUACCAGCUGGUAAAGCCAGUGCACAACCCCCGGUAGGACCUGCUUUGGGUGCUAGAGGUGUAAAAGCGAUGGAUUUCGCAAAGGAAUUCAACGCAAAGACUGCACAUCUAGAAGCCGGCAUUCCAACACCAUGCAUAGUUACAGUCAAUCCCGAUAGAACAUUCUCAUUCGAAUUGAAAACACCAACGACAGCCUUACUACUUUGUCGGGCAGCAGGAAUAACACAAGGUAGCGGAGCUGCAGGAAGUCAAACGAUCGGAACAGUAAGCCUGAAACACGUUUAUGAGAUCGCAAAGAUUAAAUCGCCCGACAUUCCUUCGAUCAGUGAAGAACAAGUUUGUAAAACAAUCGUUGGAACGGCAAAGAGUAUGGGCAUUCGUGUUGUGCGGUAGAGACAUUAUUACGGAUAAGACUUGUUGUAUUCUAUUAAUCGUAUUUUUACAAAAACAAUCAGGCAUGAUGCAGAUGUGCGAUAGGAUUGGGUAUAGUAG